UGAUGGUGUGGACGCACAUGAUGCUAAUCUAGCAAGGAGGGUAACCACGACCAGGGAAGGGAUUCGAUGACAUGCCCUGCUCUUCAGUUUCAAAACAUUUCUGUGAAAUUUGCCGCAUGAAGCUGAGGCUUUUUUCCCUUAGGUUGCAGCAAUUCACUCAUUAGGAUAUAAAUAGUAAUCCUGUGCACACAAUCUCUAUUUCACAGCAGACAGAGGGGGUGGUGUGCCCACCGGGAUCACCUGUGGUUUAAUGUUCUCUGCGAGUGACAAAAGUGAAUUGUCCUUAUUUCUAAGCAUCUUUUAAUGUCUAUGCACCCUUGGAUAAUGAGACUGUCAGAGGCUGCCUGGGUUUGCAGAAGAAGCCUGACUUUGGAGAAGGAGCCAAGAGUCUAGCUCUUCCAACUUCCAGAUCACUUUCCCACUGCAUGGGCACAAACCCCAAGGAGAAGCAGACUGUAAAGCAUUAAUAUAGCAUCACAAUGAAAUAUCUUCUAAUUUUAAUGGACUGGUGAUACUUGUGAUGAUACAUCACACAAAUGGUGGGGGAGUUCAGGACACCAAGACAUUUCCUUUUCAAGCCCAGCAGGUACAUGUAAAUCAAGAUGGUGUUCUGAAGAAGAAGAAACAUUUGAGAUGGAACUUGUUGACAGAGAACAAGAAUGGUCUCAAGAAUCCACUGAAUCGCCAAUAAAGAAGAAUGCCGUGGUUUUAUUUCACAAAAUGACACGAGAACAGUAUAUUUUGGCCACACAGCAAAAUAAUCUUCGCAAUGAAAAUACUCAAUUUUAUCCUGUGGGGAUUUAUGGGUGGCGAAAGCGGUGUUUAUACUUCUUUGUCCUGCUUCUGUUGGUCACCAUGAUUGUUAAUUUAGCAAUGACAAUAUGGAUUUUAAAAGUUAUGAAUUUCACAGUGGAUGGGAUGGGAAACCUAAGAAUUACAAAGAAAGGCAUACGACUUGAAGGUGUAUCUGAAUUUCUUCUACCUUUAUAUGUGAAAGAAAUCCAUUCUCGAAAGGACAGUGGAUUGCUAUUACAAUCAGACAGGAAUGUAACAUUGAAUGCAAGAAAUCAGAAUGGGCAAUUAACUGGCCAAAUGACAGUAGGGGCAGAAGCUGUAGAAGCACAGUGUAAAAGAUUUGAGGUGAAGUCAAACGAGGAUGGAAGGAUGCUGUUUUCUGCCGAUGAGGAGGAAAUCACCAUUGGUGCUGAUAGACUCAGAGUAACAGGAACUGAGGGAGCAGUUUUUGAGCACUCUGUGGAAACACCACACAUAAGAGCAGGACCUUCUCAAGACCUCAGACUUGAGUCUCCAACAAGAACUUUAACAAUGGAAGCACCAAAGGGAGUACAAAUUAGUGCUAUUGCGGGCGAAUUUAAGGCCAGCUGUAGAAAAGAGCUACAGCUGCAGUCCACAGAUGGAGAGAUAUUUUUAAAUGCAGACACGAUCAGGCUAGGAAAUUUACCACACGGUUCAUUUUCAUCGUCAUCACCUAGCUCAGCAGGACCUCGACAGACCGUCUAUGAGUUGUGUGUCUGUCCCAAUGGAAAACUCUAUCUUUCUCCAGCUGGAGCUAGUUCUACGUGUCAAUCUAGCAGCAACAUCUGCUUGUGGAGCUGAAGACACCCUUGUGUUUUCACACACCAGAAUAGCCUUUUGCUACUAUUCCUCUGCUUCACAGCACUGCUCACUGCCCCUUGUGACACAUUACAACUCUUUAAUGACCUAAAGGGUCUCUUCCAGGGUAAGAGGAUAUAUGCUAACUGUCUGUCUUUGCAGCAGUGGUUACAAUCCAAAGCAGAGGACUACAAGAAGUAACCAAACAUUAAAUGUUAUGUUCAUCAGGAAACUUGGAUUACUAUAUACAUUUUUUUGUCAGAGUGACUUACACUGGUGCCUUUGCUAAAUCAAGUGAAGCACAUUGAUCUUGAAAUUGCAGGAACCUGGGAAACUUAUACAGCAAAACAAAACUGAACGGCUAACCCAAGCAAAUUUGCUGAAUACUUACUGCGGGAAUACAAUAAUACAACCUUGUGUGAACAAUGACAGUUGUUUUAAAGCACAAUUUUCCAUUUAAUAUUUUUGGAUGUAUACUUUUACCCCACAAAUUAAAUAAGGAAAUAAUAAAGUAUUAUGUGAUAUUGCCUUUAAUAAACAAUUAAAUUCAAAAUAUUGUUUCUAAAAACAAAA